GAAGGAGUCUGGAGAACUAUCAGGUCAUAAACACUGUUUACGUUCUUUACUGACAGACAGCCCAUCUAGUGUCUGAGAUUAAAUCUGCGCCACUCUGUUUCAUUGUGCCCACUUUUGUAUUACUAGUCCCAUCCACACCCAGCAUCUCGUUCUGUCCAUCUCCCCCACAAUUACGUCUGUGCUUCUUACCUUGCCACACAUACACACCAUAAUGUCCGCCGAAACCGCUGAAAAGAAAAACGAGGAGCUACCUAGACCAUACAAGUGUCCCAUCUGUGCCAAGGCCUUCCACAGGCUCGAGCACCAGACCAGACACAUUCGGACCCACACCGGCGAGAAGCCCCACAGCUGCAACUUCCCGGGCUGUUUCAAGAAGUUCAGUCGCUCUGAUGAGUUGACCCGACACUCGCGCAUCCACACCAACCCUAACUCCCGUCGAAACAAGAACCUCACCGUCAAGUCGAUGAAGGAGUCGGAGGUUGCCCCGGAAAGGGACGAGCCGACGGAUGCCGACGCUGUGGCUGCUGCUGCUGUCAUGGCCGGCGUAGCCCAGCCCAAGGUAAAGAAGCCAACCCAAAAGCUCGAGAUCCCCGCCUAUGGGCAAGUACCGCUGUUGUUCCAGCCCUCGGUGCACCAACCGACCCCAAGUGCCCCACACUUACGGGCGCCGCAGCCGUUUUCCCCGCAACAAGGGAGAUACACCCCCUCCAGCACCAAAAUGGACUUGGACUUGCUUGUAUCGGCAGCCACAGAGGAGUUGAAACACUUGAAGCAGGAACAGACGUGGGCGUUGAAGCUGUCGAAAUCCUCGACCAGCUUGACGGAGCAAGCUGACGCGAUGAGAGACGAUGCGAGCGUCCGCCAGCCGCUCUAUCCGCUUCCGCAUGCUGCCAAGUCGUACACAUCUGUAGAUAGUCUUCUAUCGCAGCACAAGGCGUCGUCGAACGGUGUGGCAUACCUCCCUUCGUUGCUGCGAAUGGCCCCCCUUGGGAAGGCUCUCGCCUCGCCGAAGCACGAUGACCGCCUUGACUUGGAAGAGCUAUCGCGCGUAAAGAGAUCGCGACCAAACUCUCCAAUGCAAGCGGGCUACACAUUGCCCAACUCGCCAAAGAUUGGCCACAUCGGAACGCCAUCCGUGUCGGCGCUGAACAGUUUUACAAACUUGAGCGGAAUGGCGUUCAGCAGCUUGACAAUGAGCUCGUUGAACCGCGGCCCCGCCUCCUUGAGCCGCUCCUUCACCAAUGCCUCAGACAACGGGCUUGCCUCCAAGUCUUCCACCAGCUUGUACGGGGCAUCCACCUCCGUAGCGAGCGUUCCCGGCUGGAGCAUUCCUGCCCAUUCGUACACAAGCUCACCCUUGCACACACCCCUCGUGUCGCCGCGCUUGGCCCCGACCUCCGCUCGCGAAGCCGAAUUGCCGUCGCUCAGGUCGCUCAACCUAGACUUGCCUGCCAAUCUCUCCAUCGCCAAGCUUGUCGGCGACUCGCAUCCCGCCACGGCGUCGUCUGAUGCCACCUCCGCUCCGCCGCUGCAACCGCAGUUCCAGUUCAGAGCCAAGACGCCCGGGCCGUUAAUCAUGCUGAUGAUGUCGCUGUCGAAUCUGGGCGAGCGGAGGGAAAACGGUGAGUUUAUGAAGAAGCGAUCGUUCAGUGCCAACACCGGUGGUCCAAGUGGGCAGGUGUUUGCUGGCGGCAAUGCCAGCUAGGCUCUGUUUGAGCUGUUUUAUUUCUGGCUGUUCAAAAGUUCCGAAGGCGUCUUGUUUUCCUGUUUUCUUUUUGUUUCAUCUUGUGCUAUACGCAAAUAAAUAAUCUACAAAU